UUUGGGGUUUUAGUUUUUGUUAGAAAGAAAGAGAGUUAGAGGCACCUCCAGUGCUAUAGGAAUGAUUUCUCAAGUUCUUCCGUCGUUGUUAGAUCCUUCUUCGGCUAUUCUGUAGCUAGAUUCGUCCUUCAGCAAAGUUCUUCAGUUCCUUAUGAAGUUCUUCCUUGCCUCAUCUUCCUCCAUUCUUGGGUAGUACCAGCAUUUGGAUAUCUCGUGGCCUUGGAUUUUCUGGAAAUUCUUGCCUGAAUCUUGUGAUCUCGGCUCUGUUGGGUCCAUCAGUAGCUUCCUGAAUCAUCUUUGUGAGCUGUUCCUUCACCACCUUGUGGUAGUAUCCUUGUUGGAUCUUCGAGUAGUUUCAUCCUGGAUCACAGAUCCUAGUUGGCCCUCAUUCUCGGCUAUGGUCUCCACCGUCUGCCGCUGAAACAUAACAAUAACUUACGUUGCCAAUGAAGCUGGGCACUUCGAUUGAGCUAGAGCAUCUUUAGGUGAUCUCGCGAGUACGUGCAGGUCUUCCUUUUGUUUCAGUGCCUUGCGUUUCCCCGGCUUGAGCAUGUCCUUUGACCUCCUCUCUCCUGUGCAGCUUCUCAGCAUCUUCAGUACCAGUUAGUCAACUAGGGCUUCAAAACUUAGUGAACGUUGGGCUGUCCGAAUCUCUUCUUUCUUCCUCUUCCCUGAGAGUGACUUCAAGUUUUUUGGUUUUUAUGAGUCUCCCUCCUUCUUAGUUAGAUUCAUGUAGGGCAAUCUUGAGCAUCAGCUCUAAGAACCAUCUCUCUG